AUGCCAAGUGUAUUAUGCCAGUUUAACGUAGACGCAGAGAAGAGAAUAUUUUUUCACACCUUAUUUAACUUCAGUUUGGUAGACGUGUUAACCAUUUUUAAGCUGCUACUACAGCUGAGGAAAAUAACUUUAUACAAACAUAAUGGCAACAUAUUAUUUACGGUAAGGGAAACGAAAAAGGGGGACGACUCUUAUAAAAGCGCAAUUCGCACUUAUCUGCUAUUUUUAAAAAAAUAUUUAUCGAGAAAUGAGCAUGCAGAAGACGCCCUUUUACAGCUGUUUAGGGGUCUCCAAUUUGAGAAGCAAACGGAAAGGCAAAUCGACGCUACGACAAUUUAUGAUGGAAGGGGAAGUGAAGACAUUCCUACCGAUGGUUAUGCUCGAAAGGGGGCUAACAAAAAAAAAUUGACCGUUAGGUACAUUUUAAAAAAAAUUAUUCGCAAGCUUAAUGUUGACAUAAGGCAGAAAGGUUACAUAAACAAUGUGCGUGAUAAAUCGUUCCUUUUUAAAUUUCUCGUAAACAAAAAAAAAUUCCGCAUUUUAUCAUUUUAUAAGAAAAUAAAAGGGGUGUACUACUUGUGCCGAAAUGUUAUGUACGUGCAGGUAAACAGCCACCUGCAGAAAGACAUAGCAGUGAUGAGCCUUGUAUCGACGAACAAGUCAUUCUUCAAAAUUGAGAAGAGCAGAAUAGCAGUUGAUCCUUUUUACGUAAAAUAUUAUUAUAAAUAUCAUCUGAAUAAGUUGCUCAGCCUAUCUGAACGGUUGUUUCUCUCGGGGGGGAACCUAAUACACCUUUCGCAAAUCAAAACGUGUAUUGGCAAAAGUGAGGAACGGGGUCAAGGUGAGAUUUCUUCCCAGGAGAACACCCCCAUUUGGAGCACUCGCACUAUCCCAAACGAAGCAGAAAAUAAAAAUAGCAUAAAAACGAACCCAGUAAUAACACGUUUGAAAAAGGAAGGCAUAAACAUUAAGGUGAUCAACGUGCACCUGAAUGGGAAAUUCUCCGUCGCAAUGCCACUCGUCUUAACGUACAACAUAAAUAAAGAUAUUUUUUACUUAAACGAUUUGUUCUACGUCGAUGGAAGCAAGUAUGAUGUGGGGAGCAUUAUCACCCGAAGAGAAAUUUAUUUUAAUAACUUAUCCUUUUUUCAGGGGAAAAAUUUUAGCUACCUGAACAAUGAAAAUAUUAUCCUAAAUAGUGACCACCUUCAUUUCGACUUAAAUUACGUUCUUCUCUUUUACCACUUGUAUUUCAAUGAGGGGGAAAAUUUAUACAUCCGUCGGUAUAUAAAUCCGACCUUUUGUUUUUACCCCCCCGUAGGUAGUAAGGAAGGGGUGAAUUCGAGAAGGGUGGAAAGGGUUGUAUACCGCGCUGAUAAGAACGUCCUUAAUUUUGUUCUUUGA